UAUGCCCGCUUUCCUUUCCUAAACCAAAUGUCAUUUGGACGCGUUGAAGACAGGGCACCACUAACAAGUUUUGGUGCGCGAUCAUGGGCUUUUACGUCAAUUGACAUUGACGCCGCCGACCAGCCUCCGCCCACAUAAUUGCUCACGUGCUUUCAGUUCUCUAUUCCCUUUCUUUGGCGGAUACACACAGACGGACAGAGAGAAAUAAUUAGACUAGGACAGUUUGAAAGCCUCGGUGUCUCCGCCGUAUUCUCAAUAUUGCUCCUGAAUUCACCUCCUCAAUUCCACGAUUUAUAUUGCCUCUAUUCUUUGAUAAUUAAAUUAAUUGUGCAGGAUUAUUGAAUUAAAAUGUCGGCCAUUUCCAAUUUUCAUACGCUGUUCCAGCACGGUGAAUUUCGAGCUACACUGGGAUCGGAGAAUCGGCUUGGUUUAACGUCGUCGAUCAAUCAGAGAGCCGUAAAACCCAAGAUCUUGAGGCCUUUCAAUGAGGUAUCUUUAAAUAACUCAAAAAAGGCGUACACGAGUCCAAUUAUUCAGAUGUCAUUGGUGGAUGAGAGGCUUACUAGUAGGAGUAUUGUCCUAAAGCCUGCUGACAUUUUGGCUUAUGAUCUUGUUCAAGGAGCAGAUGUGAGGUGGAGUUACAUCUUGGACAAAUCAGCACCUGAGCCUCCUACUGCUGUUCUUCUUCAUGGCAUUCUAGGUAGCAGGAAAAACUGGGGAACUUUUGCUAGGAGAUUGGCCAAAGAGUUUCCGAAGUGGCAGUUUCUCCUGGUGGACCUGCGGUGUCAUGGGGAUUCGACAUCUUUAAAGAAGAGGGGACCCCACAGUGUUCCUUCAGCUGCCUUUGAUGUCUUGAAGCUACUUGGGCAGUUGAAGUUAACUCCUCGAGUUGUAGUUGGUCACAGCUUUGGUGGAAAAGUUGCCUUGAGCAUGGUGGAGCAGGUUGCAAAACCUCUUGCACGACCUGUUCGAGUCUGGCUUUUAGAUGCUACUCCUGGAAAAGUUAGAGCUGGUGCAGAUGGAGAUGACCAUCCUGCUGAACUUAUCUCCUUCCUUAGUAAAUUGCCACUUGAGGUCUCUUCCAAAAAGGAUGUUGUAAAUGCUCUUGUUCAGGAUGGCUUCUCAAUGGAUGUAGCACAGUGGGUGGUAACUAAUCUUCGGCAGAAUCGUAUCAACGGGACAUCAUCUUCAAGCUUCUCUUGGGUGUUUGAUCUCAAUGGUAUUGCUGAGAUGUAUCAAUCCUAUGAGGAUACUAAUAUGUGGAAAAUUGUGGAAGAUGUCCCUCGAGGCGUUCAUAUUAAUUUUCUAAAAGCAGAGAGGAGUUUGCAUAGGUGGGCCAAGGAAGAUUUGCAGAGGAUUCAUGUUGCUGAGGAACAAGCUGUUGAGGAGGGUGGUGGAGUUGAAAUGCAUGUGCUUGAAGAUGCUGGUCAUUGGGUACAUGCUGAUAACCCAGAUGGACUCUUUAGGAUUCUUUCAUUCUCAUUCCAAGGAUUUUAGACACAAUUAUUUCGUAAUUGCAAAUAGAUCUUCACACUUUUGUAGGAGUUCGUUUGGUGCACAUUUUUUAGAUGAAAAUGUAUUUUAAACAUCAUAUCGUGGGUCUCCCAUUAGAGUGUAGAAGUCAAAAAUUGUGUGCUGAUGUGACGGAAAAAAUGCAUUUUUGGCUUCAAAAAUGAGUACCAAACAGGGGCUAGAUGUGUGUAAUUUCUGUAAUUACUUUGUUUUGCUUAUAGUAAAAGCAAAUCCCGGGGACCCUAUUGAACAUAUAAUUUGGUUGUCGAAUGGCCUAAACAAUGAAGUGAUGUUGGAAUUACAAUUUAUGAGUAGCGGAGGCAGUUGAAGCCAUUUGUAUUAAUCUAUUGAUUUUUAAUCGAAACUUGGACUUUUGCGGUCA